AUGGCGACGAAGCAGCGUCACGCCGGCUUUGUCGAGGAGAGGACGGGAGUUGUGGUUUCUCGGGCCGCAUCACUGAGACCCGGCAGCGUGAUGCUGUCCCGAAUAGCCGCUCCAGCGCAGGCCCGCGCCUUUUCCACAUCACUGGCAAUGCGCUUCAACGCCUCAAGGCCGCUCUUCGACGGCAACGACAGAAUCAACCCUCUGGUCGGAAACUUUACUCCCCCGACUCCCGCCCCAAAGCCUGCCGCAGCCGCAGCAGCACCAAAGCCUCAAGCAGAGAAAGCACCAGCAUCUACGGCCGACUUCGUCCCUCCUCCCCCUCCCCCUCCACCUCCCGCCGACUCAGCAUCGCCAUCAGCCUCCUCUGAAAAGUCUUCUUCCUCCUCAUCCUCGUCUACGCAAUUCCCCUACACGGCCGCCGACUCCUCCGCCCCUUUCAACUUCGACAUUGCCGAAAUCGUCGCUGCCCGCUCCGCAGCCUACGGCCAGUCGCUCAACGUCGGCGACCCCCUCCUCCGCCCAAAGGUCCGCACCGAGGCCGUCUCCGGCCGCACCGUCUUCAUCAGGGACCGCCUGUCGCCGACGUCGGCGCCCACGCCUGCCGUGGCGAUCCGCGUCCUGGAGAGGAUGUGCCGCGAGCAAAAGGUGCGCAACAAGUACCACUCGCAAAAGUUUCACGAGAGGAAGGGCUUGAAGAAGAAGAGGUUGAGGAGUCAGCGGUGGAGGGCAAGGUUCAAGACAGGCUUCAAGGCGGCGGUUAGCAAGGUUAUGGAGUUGAAGAAGCAGGGGUGGUAA